GGUACCUGGCGGUACCGGGCGGGCGGGGCGCGGCCGGACAGAGCGGGGCCGGCGCGGAGGCAGCGGAGCCGGGGCCGGGGCCGGGCCAGGCCGGGCUGCAGCCGACGCCGCAGCCCAUGGGCGCCCCCGGCGCGGCCGCCCUGCUGCUGCUGGGCGGCCUGCUCUGCGGGGCCGGCGGCCAGCGGGUGCAGGUGCAGGAGGAGGUGGUGGCGCUGGCGGGCGAGGACGCGGUGCUGCCCUGCGUGCUGGGCGCCGCCGGCCCCGACCUCAAGGUGAGCCAGGUGACGUGGGUGCGGGCCGGCCGCGGCGGGCGGCAGAACGUGGCGGUGCUGCACCCGCGCCUGGCGCCCAGCUUCCCCGGCGCCGGUGCCGGCGGGCGCCUGCGCUUCCAGGGCCGCUCGCUGCAGGACGCCACGCUGCUGCUGGGGCCGCUGCGCCUCGACGACCAGGGCGUCUACACCUGCGAGUUCGCCACCUACCCCGACGGCAACCAGGGCGCCAGCACCCGCCUGCUGGUGCUGGCCAAGCCCGAGAACCGUGCGGAGCGGCGGGAGGUGGCUGCCGGCAGCGUCCCCACGCCAGUGGCCACCUGCACGGCGGCCGGCGGCCACCCGGCCGCCAACAUCUCCUGGGAGUCGCCGGUGCCGGGGACCGCGGAGGCCUCGGCCGAGGCGGCCGCCGACGGCGCCGUCACUGUCACCAGCCGCUUCAGCAUCGUCCCCACCCGGGCGGCCGACGGGCAGCGCCUGGCCUGCGUCGUCAGCCACCCCAGCCUGCCGCAGCCCGAGAGCCUCCCCGUCACCCUCUCCGUGCUCUACCCCCCCGUGGCCUCCAUCAGCGGCUACGACCACAACUGGUACCUGCAGCGGCGCGAAGCGGCACUGCACUGCGACGCCGUGGGCAACCCUGCGCCCACCACCUUUGCCUGGAGCACGUCGUCGGGGCUGCUGCCGCCCUCGGCGGAGGCGCGGGGCAGCCGGCUGCUGGUGCACACGGUGGAUCUGCUGGCCAACACCACCUUCAUCUGCCGCGCGUCCAACGCCCUGGGCAGCGCCGCCGCCCGGCAGCCCGUCCUGGUUCUGGCGCAGCCCCGGACGGACGGGGCCGGUGCCACCGGCGGCAUCAUCGGCGGCAUCGUCGCCGGCAUCGUGGCCACGGCCGUGGUGGCCACCGGCGUCGUGAUCUGCCGCCAGCAGCGCAAGAACCGCACGGCCCGCGGCGACGACAGCCUUGACGAGCCCCCCCCGUACAAACCGCCCCCCCCCCACGAGAAGCUGCAGGAGCCGCCGUGGGCCCCCGAGCGCCAGCUCCUGCCACUGCAGCCGCUCGGCCCAGAGCCACCGGACGAGGCCGGAGGGACCCUGGCGUCUGGGCAGGCGCUGCCGCGGUACCACGAGCUGCCCACGGCCGAGGAGCCGGACGGGGACGGGGACGAGGACAGGGACGAGGACAAGGACAGGGACGGGGACGGCAGCUACAUGGAGCAGCUGAACCCGCUAUAUGAGGAGCUGGGCAGCGAUGGGGACGCAGCCGCCCCGGCCCAGGGCUUCGUCAUGUCACCCGCAGUCUAUGUCUGAGCCACCCCGAAUCCGUGGGGCUGGGGAACGGCCCCGAAUCCGUGGGGCUGGGGAGCUGCCUGGCCCCGAACCUUGAACCCGUGGGGCUGGGGAACGGCCCCCAAUCCGUGGGGCUGGGGAGCUGCCUGGCCCCGAACCUUGAACCCGUGGGGCUGGGGAACGGCCCCCAAUCCGUGGGGCUGGGGAGCUGCCUGGCCCCGAACCUUGAACCCGUGGGGCUGGGGAACGGCCCCCAAUCCGUGGGGCUGGGGAGCUGCCCAGCAGGGGUCCAGGCCCUGCGGCCCCCACGGCCGGUUGCGGCCCCCACGGCAGGUUCGGGCCCCACGGCUAGUUGUGGCCCCACGGCCGGUGGUGACUCUGGCACGCUGGACCCCGCCAGCGCUGUGGGGCCGGGUCGGAGUUUGGGAUCCGGCCAUGGGGUUGGGACAGGGGAGGGCUUGAGCCAGGUUUGGGGUUGGACUUUGGGUUGGGGGCCAGGUUUGAGGGGUUGGGGCUGGGUUUGGGGCUGGGUUUGAGCUCAGAUUUGGGGGGGCUUGGGCUCAGGUUUGGGCUCAGGCUUGGGGCUCUCGCGGUUCCUCCCAAUAAAGUUCUUGACGGCGCUGCCGCGUCUGGGA